GCAGGCGCCGCGGGGCUGCCGCGGGGCUGGACGGGGCAGAGGCAGCGCCAUGCCGCUGCAGGACGAGACCCUGCGGGAGGUGUGGGCCUCCGACAGCGGGCAUGAGGAGGGCGGACCCAGCCCGGAGACCCAGCGGCGCCCCAAACCGAAGCUGAGGAAGAAGACGGAGACACCCGGGUCCCCAGACCCCGCGGGACCCAAGCCCCGCAAACCUGGAGCUCGGAGAGCACGGCCGCGAGGGGACCCCAAUCCGGACCCGGACCCGGACCCAGACCCGGACCCGGACCCCGGACCCGCCGUCUACGCCAGGUUCCUCAGGGACCCCAAGGCCAAGAAGCGCGACCCCCGCGAUACCUUCUUGGUGGCCCGGGCCCCAGACGCCGAGGACGAGGAGGAGGAGGAAGGUGGCGACCAAGAGGAAGAGGAAGAAGAUGAAGAAAAGAAACAGAAAAGUCCCAAGCCUGCCAGAAAGCCCCCGAAGGACAAGGCUUCCGGGGACAAGAGGGACAGGAGGACCAAGGCCCAGGCCCCUCGGGGGGACCUGGGAAGCCCCAAGCCUCCCCAGAAGCCUCUUCGCACUAAGAAGGAAGCUGGAGACGGGGCGAGGGUGAAAAAGACCAAAAAGAAAGGGCCUGGGGAGGCUGACAAGAAUCCAGCGGGGAGCCCAGCAGGAGAGAAGAGCCCAGCUGCCCUGUUCCUGGUCAGGGAGGGCAGCCCUGCUACGAAGGCUGUGAAGAAGAAAGGAGGCCCACCGAGCGGAACGGAGGAGAGAACAGAGGAGGAGCAGGAGGAGGGGGCGGCUGUGGCGGCCAAGAACAGCAAUCAGAAGGGCAAAACAAAAGGAAAAGGCAAAAAGAAGGAGGAGAGACCCACGUCCCCGCCCGUGGAGGUGGACGACCCCCGCGAGUUUGUGCUGCGCCCCGCACCGCAGGGCCGGACGGUGCGCUGCCGCCUCACGCGGGACAAGAAGGGCAUGGACCGGGGCAUGUACCCCUCCUAUUUCCUGCACCUGGACACCGAGCGCAAGGUCUUUCUGCUGGCCGGCCGCAAGCGCAAACGCAGCAAGACGGCCAAUUACCUCAUCUCCAGCGACCCCACCAACCUGUCCCGCGGCGGGGACGACUUCAUCGGAAAGCUGAGGUCCAACCUCCUGGGGAACCGCUUCACCGUCUUUGAUGCCGGCCAGAACCCGCAGCGCGGGGCGGGCGGCGACGUGAGCAGCCUGCGCCAGGAGCUGGCCGCCGUGAUCUAUGAAACCAACGUGCUGGGCUUCCGAGGGCCCCGGCGCAUGACGGUCAUCAUCCCGGGCAUGAACUCCGACAAUGAGAGGGUCCCCAUCCGGCCGCGAAAUGCCAGUGACGGGCUGCUAGUGCGCUGGCAGAACAAGACCCUGGAGAGCCUCAUCGAGCUGCACAACAAGCCGCCCAUCUGGAAUGAGGACAGUGGCUCCUAUACACUCAACUUUCAGGGCCGCGUCACCCAGGCCUCGGUCAAGAACUUCCAGAUCGUUCACGCCGAUGACCGCCUUCGCCAUCGCCCUCUCCAGUUUCGACGGGAAGCUGGCCUGCGAGUGACCCGCGGCGCCCGGCGCCCCCAGAGUCGGCCAGCACGAGGGGAAGGACUGAGAAGAGGCGGCGGGGCCCCUGCAUUGCCGCGGGCCCACCCCUCCCUGCCGCUUGGUGACCUCCUUGCGCUGGGCAGCCUGGCACAGGCCGAGGCGGGAGGAGCUCCGACGCCGGGCGCGAUGGAGACGGACAGCAUCUGGAGCUGGAGCCGCACAUCUGGCCGUGGAGCCCGCCCGCGCGGCCUCGCCCCCUCCUCCCCGCGCCCCAGUCACUUCCUGUCCGGGAGCGGUAGUCAGUGUUGCUUUAACCCCCUGUGGGACCGCGCGGGGACUCGGAGGAGGCGGGGCUCAGGCUGCCCUGUGGGCUCAGGCCCAGAGCCCAGAGCAACCAGCACAAUAGCGUCCAACAGCUGGAGCACCAGCGGCAGCCCCGGGGAGGCCCGGGAGGAUGGGCCCGAGGGCCUGGACAAGGGGCUGGACAAUGACGCGGAGGGCGUGUGGAGCCCGGACAUCGAGCAGAGCUUCCAGGAGGCCCUGGCCAUCUACCCGCCCUGUGGCCGCCGCAAGAUCAUCCUGUCGGACGAGGGCAAGAUGUACGGUCGGAAUGAGCUCAUCGCCCGCUACAUCAAACUGAGGACCGGGAAGACUCGGACGAGGAAACAGGUGUCCAGCCACAUACAGGUUCUAGCUCGGAAGAAGGUGCGCGAGUACCAGGUUGGCAUCAAGGUGUCUAGCCACUUGCAGGUUCUAGCCAGGCGGAAAUCUCGGGAGAUUCAGUCCAAGCUGAAGGCUAUGAACCUGGACCAGGUCUCCAAGGACAAAGCCCUCCAGAGCAUGGCGUCCAUGUCCUCGGCACAGAUCGUGUCCGCCAGCGUCCUGCAAAACAAGUUCAGCCCGCCCUCACCGCUGCCGCAGGCCGUCUUCUCCGCCGCAUCCUCCAGGUUCUGGAGCAGUACCCCCCUCCUGGGACAGCAGCCUGGACCCUCUCAGGACAUCAAGCCCUUCGCACAGCCAGCCUACCCUGUCCAGCCACCCCUGCCACCGACACUCAACAGUUAUGAGCCCCUGGCCCCGCUCCCCCCAGCCGCCACUGCCACCUCCUCCUCCGUGCCAGCGUGGCAGGACCGCACCAUCGCCUCCUCACGCCUGCGGCUCCUCGAGUACUCAGCCUUCAUGGAGGUGCAGCGAGACCCCGACACGUACAGCAAACACCUGUUCGUGCACAUCGGCCAGACCAACCCCGCCUUCUCCGAUCCGCCGCUGGAGGCUGUGGACGUGCGGCAGAUCUACGACAAGUUCCCGGAGAAGAAGGGGGGGCUGAAGGAGCUCUAUGAGAAGGGGCCCCCCAACGCCUUCUUCCUCGUCAAGUUCUGGGCUGACCUCAACAGCACCGUGCAGGAGGGGCCCGGGGCCUUCUACGGGGUCAGCUCCCAGUACAGCUCUGCGGACAGCAUGACCAUUAGCGUCUCCACCAAGGUGUGCUCCUUCGGCAAGCAGGUGGUGGAGAAGGUGGAGACGGAGUACGCGCGGCUGGAGAACGGCCGCUUCGUGUACCGCAUCCACCGCUCACCCAUGUGCGAGUACAUGAUCAACUUCAUCCACAAGCUGAAGCACCUGCCCGAGAAGUACAUGAUGAACAGCGUGCUGGAGAACUUCACCAUCCUGCAGGUGGUCACGAACCGGGACUCCCAGGAGACCCUGCUGGUCAUCGCGUUCGUCUUCGAAGUCUCCACCAGCGAGCAUGGCGCCCAGCACCACGUCUACAAGCUUGUUAAAGACUAGGGUGCCAGCCAUGCACCCCGAGGACACAGGACAGACCUGCCCCGCACUUGCCUGGCCCACCAGGGGCCUGGGCUGAGGAUGCGCUGCCCCUACCCGCCGCUGUUCUGCGCUUUAGCUGUGGGAGCAGAGGGGCCCAGUGGCAGGCGCUGCCCGGCCAGCAUCUGGCCCCGCGCAGCAACCUCCGAGGUGGGGGUGUAAGACCCGCUGAGGCGCCAGCACUGAUCCCCGGCCAUGGGUAGUGUGGUGGCAGGGAGGCGGCGAGGAGGCCGAGGCAGGCAGCUUGCCGAGGACCAGAAGGGCUGAGCCCGGCCCCUUGCACAGCCAGUGAGGGUUGAGUUGAGCCGAGGCAGGGCCACCCAGGGCCCAGGUUACACUACCUCCAGGGCAGGAGUGGCCUUGCAGCUGUACCGGACGCCCACCGAGGCCUGGCUGAGUGCCCUCCAGAGCCGGCCCCACACGGAAAGGGCCCAGAGCCCCUGCUGCACCUUCCCGGCUCCAGGCCCUGGGGCCUGGGCCAGCCUGUCCCCAGCGCCUCUGGGGACCUUAUGAAGUAUUGCGCCCCUUCCGCCACCUGCCCGCUUCCUGCACUGGCUGCCUUUGGCUGGGGCCACUGCCACACCCCACCUAGGUUUUUUAACAUGUUACAUACUUUUUGUGUUACUUUCUAAGUCCACUGUGAUGGGUCAUACUGUAAAUGGGGCUUGGGGCAGGGACCAAGACCUGCUCCGUGCACAAGACAGAGAUUAAAAUUAUUUGUGGGUUAAGUGUGA